CAGCCGGGGAAGGAGCCCCGGGCGGGGGGGGGUGGGGGGGAGCGGGGGGUUGCGACGACGGAGUGGGGGGACGGGACCCUGCGUCAGUGCAGGGCCGUCCCCUUCCCCUCCCCGUGCGCUCGGCUCUGCCUCCCGCCAGCCUCCCCCCGCCUCCCGUGAGGUGCGGCCGCGCUACAUAAACACGGCCCCGCGGCCGGGGCUCUCCGCUCGCAGCCCGGCGGAGGCGCUUGGGCGGCAGCGGGGAGCGGAGCGGCGGCGGAGCCGUGCGGCUCCGGGCGCAGACGGGGCGGGAGGCUCCGCGGGCGGCGGCGGCCCCGCCGGAGCCCAGGCGGCCGGAGGAGGAGGAGGAGGAGGAGGAGGAGGAGGAAGAAGAGGAAGGUCGGCGGCUCCCCGCCGGCGGCGGGCUCCCUCCGGUAUGGCCCUGGCGGACAGCGCCCGCGGGCUGCCCAACGGCGGCGGCGUCUCGCCGGCGGCCGGGAGCGGGGCGGCGGGGAGCGGGGCGGCGGCGGCGGCGGGCGGCUGGUCGUCCUUCCCGGAGAUCGUGGAGCUGAACGUGGGCGGGCAGGUGUACGUGACGCGGCGCUGCACCGUGGUCUCGGUGCGCGACUCGCUGCUCUGGCGCAUGUUCUCGCAGCAGCAGCCCAGCGAGCUGCCCCGGGACAGCAAGGGCCGCUUCUUCCUCGACCGCGACGGUUUCCUCUUCCGCUACAUCCUGGACUACCUGCGGGACCUGCAGCUGGUGCUGCCCGAGCACUUCCCCGAGCGCAGCCGCCUCCAGCGGGAGGCCGAGUACUUCCAGCUGCCCGACCUGGCUCGCCGCCUGGCUCAGGCCCGGGCCGCCGCCGCCUCCCGCCCCGCCGCCCUGCACCGCGACGGCUCCCUCUGCACCGACGAGCCGCCGCCGCCGCCGCCGCUCCUCGGCUACCUGGAGGCCGAGCCGCUGGAAGGAGGGGGCGGCGGUGCUGGGGCGUCCGCCCCGUCGCCCACCGCCAGCCGCAGCCCCUCGGGCGGGCCGCUGCUGACGCCCUCGCAGUCGCUGGACGGGGCGGGCGGGCGACGCUCGGGGUACAUCACCAUCGGCUACCGGGGCUCCUACACCAUCGGGCGGGAGGCGCAGGCCGACGCCAAGUUCCGGCGGGUGGCCCGCAUCACCGUCUGCGGCAAGACGGCGCUGGCCAAGGAGGUCUUCGGGGAGACGCUGAACGAGAGCCGUGACCCCGACCGCCCUCCCGAGCGCUACACCGCCCGCUACUACCUCAAGUUCAACUUCCUCGAGCAAGCCUUCGACCGGCUCUCCGAGGCCGGCUUCCGCAUGGCCGCCUGCUCCUCCACCGGCACCUGCGCCUUCGCCCCCGAGCAGGGCGGUCCUGCCGAUGACAAGAUCUGGACCAGCUACACCGAGUACGUCUUCUGCCGGGACUGAGCACCCGCCCGGCCCGUGGCGUGGGGAUAAGGUGGCGGCCCCUGCACACCCUCACACCCACGGUCCCCUCCCGGCCUGGAGGAAGGAGGACGUGGAGGGGAGGGGGCUGUGUCCCCCUGCGCUUUCCUCACGCCGGUGCCUGCCUCCGUGCACAAGGCGAGUCAGCCCCCAGCGCAGCCCCCGACCCUCCUGCACGCACCUCCUGACGGCCCCGGGGACAGGAGGUCGCCACGUUGUGCCUCGGCCGCCAUGUCCCUGCUUGGCCACCCGUGGCCCUGCUCAGCCACCCUGUCCCAGCUCGCACCAUCACCCUCCCUCCCAGUUCCUCCCAGUAGCUGUGUCGGUAGCGAUGAAGGAGAGGGGUAACGGGAACAGACAAAUUUCCCUUCCCAGUAAAGCAUGCGUGUGCACCCAGCCCCUGCCCCUCUCCACUCACAGGAGCUGAGAGAUAGCUCUGUCAGGGCGGGAGGGUUUAAAAAACACCCAUUUAGGGGCUGAGGAACUUUUCAGUUGCUUUUCAGCAACUUCUGUUGAAGAUGGCGUGACAAAUGGCUGUCUUUUCUCAUCCCCAUACCCUUAAGCGGGUUUUCACCUUGUUGGGCAGACCCAUAACUGUCUGUUUUAUCACCCGUAACUGUCUGUUUUAUCCCCCUCUCCCACCCCAUCAAAGUGAUGCCUGUCUGUGAAGGACCGUCACAUAGCACGAUGCCUGACUGUGAGAGGUUGGUUGGCACUCUGGCUCGUACUUCAUCUGUAGAGAUGAGUAAUUCUGCAGGAGGCAUGCGUGUGGCCCUUCACGGCCGGUUGCAUCCAUCUCCCCUCUCUGCUCCCUGUCUCUCUGAACUCCCCUCUCCAAGCUGUUAAACUGGACAAAGGUCUGCACAGCAGGAGCAUAAAGCUGAUGCGAAAGGACAGGUUUGCUGGAUAACCCAACCAUUUGAACUAUAUAGAGACACAUGUUUAUUCCCUUGAGAGGUAAAACAAUGACGCUUUGAAAAAUUAAAGUGCUUGUGAAUCGUAACUUUCAUGAGUGGUGUGAAGUCCUUAUAAUUCUCUGGAAGUUACUGUCUAUAAUAUGCAUAAAAAUCUCAAUGCAUAUUUCCUUAAACACCCUUGAAACGAUGGGGGAGAGUUGAAGCCAGGCUUGCCAGAGUGAAGGUAGGGCCUGCUUCCCGGGAAGCUGAAGUCAUGUACGUUGAAUUAAUGCAGAUGUACAUUGUAAGUGUAAUCAAGAGCACCCCGCUUGUUUCUUUAAGUUCUGUAAUGUUAGUGCUGUAAAACUUUGAGGCCAACAGAAUUGAUGCCGAAACCACUUUUUAAAGAACCGAUUCCUUAGUUUUCAUGGCAGUCCUACCAGGGCGAUGACAUUGCUGAGAGUUCAGUACCUUUUCCUAGACAAACUUAGUGCUUCUUAGAAAGGAUUAAGCCCCGUACUUACAAACCCAAGAACAAUGGCAACUUUCUUCAGGGGAAAUUACCCCUUCAAAGCUGUAUUUGGUUCGUGCUAUCUAACAGUCUUUCUUUCCUGGAGGAGGCAGCCAUAGCUUGCUUUGGAACAGACGAUCUGAGCAGCAGGUUUUACAGUAGGGAAGACCGAGCAGCUCUUUCUAAUAAAUACGUGAAGAUUGGGGUACAAAAGCUCUUUCCUUUAAAACCUGGACUUGAUUUUAAAACCUGUAUUGUCUAUUCAGACCUUCAUGGAAAAAUAUCCUAAAUGUAUCCAAAGUGUUAAAGAAUUUAGUGGUACAUAUGAAAGGCUUGAAGUUACAUUUUUAAUACUCUUGAAUAAUAAAUUGUUCUAACUCCAAAUUUAGAAAUACUGCGAGCACUUGUAUUCUAACCAAAGAAUUUCACAGUAGGGUUUUAUUUUUAAAACCUUAAUUCCUUUGAAAAGAGCUAUAGCUACAUAUGUAUCGAGUUGAGUUUCAGUGCUCAGUCUCUGUGUUCACCACUUGGUCUUUCAUUAAAUGCAUGCACAAUGGCAUAAAACUGAAAAUAAUUUGCAUCACCAUGUUUUGUUUUGUUUUGUUUUAUAUUAGCAAGAUUGUUUAUCAACAUGAUUAAAUUGAAGAUGUGCAUUUGAAAGCUGUGGGUGUUGUCCAGUUGUAGAUAGUUGUAUAAUGGAGUAUUUUUAAAAGGAGAGAAAUGUAUACCUGCCAAAUUAGAUGAGCAAUAAGUUAGAGUGAGACGCCAGUACACCUGAAGAAGGAAUGAAACCUGUUUGUCCUAUGCCUUACUCUGAGAUGAUUUCUUUGUGCUUAACUUAUUUAUACCACAAGUGAAAGGACAUUGAUCACAGCCACUAGGUCUUUACAGUGCUGUUCUUGAGAAUAAUGACUGUCUUUUUCUAGUUUCUGUUAAGUAAUUCUGAGGUAUGUUUUUUAAGAUUUUGUAUGAAAUCAGUUUUCAGUAGUGUUCAGAUUCGCUCUAGAUAGCUUUCUUUUUUUAAGAAUCUGGUAGCUUACUAAAUCCGUCAUAGGAGCUAUGAGUAGGGGCAGUUUUAAAUUGAACUUGUGAUUUAGUGUACAUAGAUAUACAGUAUAUAAACAUUUUACACGAAUCAUUUAGUUUUUUAAUCAUUUUAGUGCUACUGAAUUUCAUACUAUAUCUAGCUGAGCAUUUACAUAUUACGCUAUGUACAUAAUACGGUAAUGUUUUACUGGUUUCCUAUACCUGUUUCUAUGGAAAAAUUGAAUAUGAAUAUCAGCUUGUAGAACUGAAAUCGAUUACAUAUUUGCUUGAAUGUGACUCAUAACUAAAAUUCCAGGUGGCUGAAUGCAUCUCUAAAACAAAGAUUGCCUGUAUUUUGAUCAAUGAUUGCCUAUCUGCUUGCUGUCAGAUGAUCCAGAAAUUCUCAUAUUUUAAGUAAAAAUGUGUGUAAUAAAAACAUAAACUGAUGAUUUUUUAAUCUUUGUGUUUGUGCUAAAACCUCUAAGCGUUAUUAGUAUUAGGAAACGGGGCCCUUCAUUUACUGGUAAUGCAUUACAUUUAGGCUUACAGUGAUGGUGCCAUAAAUGUAAUAGUCAUUUCAUGGUUUGCCACAGAAGAUGAUCUUUUUCUUAAACAUUACUCAGUAAUUUCAGUAAAAUUUUUAAAAGGUAAAAUGCCAGAGGCAAAGUCACUGUGUUUAGCUCCUCUCUUCUACUGAGGGCUCAAAGAACAGAUAAACAUGAUGAUUCUGCUAGCCUGUUGAUGUGCAGAAGGACAAAAAUCUAAAGGUACAAUAUUGGAGUUCUGUAUACAUUUUGUAGCUGUUGUUGUUCACAGUUCAUGUACUUAUGGAUGAAUGCAAUAGCAUUUACAAAUGCUAUUAAAAAAAAAAAAAAAAAAACAAAGGCAGUCUUUCUUUUAAUUAGAAGUUAAGGUUUAGGUCUUUUCAGUGAUGCAUAUCAUGAAGGGUGACUUUGCAGGUGUUUGAUAGGAUGUUUAUAUUUUUAUACAUGUAGAUAACAAGCCACUUAUUCAUUCUUAUUUUCACAUGUAUAGCACUGAAAAUAAAGAUCCUCCUAGGAAAAUGUUGCAUACCAAAUUAAAUUCUUGUUCUUUAAAUAUGAA